CCCAAGGCCCACAAGACUUGAGAUAUGAAGUAUAGUCUAAUUACCAAGAUCUAUCGCGCGCUGCAGGCAAGCAUUUCCUAACAAUUACCAUGACGUACAGGCUGUGGCCGGGCCUUGCGCACUUUUUGGUGGAUGGAGGUGGGGAAAAAGCGGCAUACAUUUUGCUUGUGCAGCCAUGUGCUCCAUGAUCCAUAGCAAUAGCAUCCUUCUUCCUUCCUUCGCGCACACACACACACACUCACUUAGUCACUCUGGGAGGGAAGGAGGGAGAAAGCAAACCAAAAGCAGGCGGCCUUGCUUGCUUGUGCAGGAGGAAAGGAAACCACCAACAAAUUAAAGGAAGCCGAUUCGUCGUCCCCCAUCGAUCUUCUCUUCACACGCCGCCCAACAAACUCUUCUACCGGCGGGUGUUCAAGCUCUACUAGGCAGGUUUAUCAGGGACCUCACUUGCUGCAGAAAAGAAAAAGAAAAAUGGGGAAGAGGAGUCAGAAACGGCUCAUACGACGUCAGGACAGCAAUAUAGGCUGCAUGUCAGGCCUCAUCCGCAUCUUCUAUUCCCGACGUGAUGCAAAGCUCCUCUUGGACAGGAAGCAAGGCAGCAGAAGGCACACUUUCAGUGGCUUUCCUGGAAGAGGCCACUCAAGAAAGAAUUCCAGGGACUUGGACGAAAUAGAUGAAGACGGUGCUAACAUGGACGAAUGCAGUCCAAGCAAACCAACGGUCAAAAGACUUAUGGAGGACGAGCUAGGAAAGGUAAAACAGUUGAAGGUUCCAAAUGAUGAGGUUCAAAGAAUAUUAGCUGACCUGGGACAUGAUGUCUGUCUGGACAAAAGUUCAACGCAGAACAGCAAAUCAAAGGGAGACCCAAAUCACAGCACAAGCAUCACCAUGUCUGCCCCAGCCAGAUCUUUGGAUCCUAGUGGUUCCAACUGCAUGGAAGAAGCAGAAGAAAAUGAACUCGAAUUUGCCGUGGCAGAUUUCUUAGGACAAAUCCAUAGGUGCCAUGAUGAGCAGCCACAUCAAAAUUCCAAGAAUAAGGGUGAGCUAUGUUCAGAGCUGAAGGUCUUAAUCCAAACAAAGCUUAAUGAGUUAGAUAAUGCUCCUUGCAGUCUUGCUUAUGAGCAAACUCCUGAGUGUGAGGAAAAGGAUAUGGUUGAUGGCAAACGUCUUUGUAGCAGCAGUGUAACUCAACCCAAAAAAUUCAGAGAUGCACUCGAGAUGCUAAGCUCAGACACUGAACUUUUCUUGAAGAUACUACAGAAGCCGAAUUCACAUAUUUUGGAGAGCGUCCAAGGGCACCAAAACAGACAUAUAGGGACCAGGCUAGUGCAAAUACCAGAGAAUAACAACUCAAACAAAGAUACUAAAAGUCUGAGUCAGCCUGAGUUGGCCACCAAGACACAUGGUAAAGGGAGUAGGCAUAUCCCUUUCUGGAAGAAGGAAAGACCAAACAGAAGGCAUUCUGCAGAAGGAACCAAUAUUUCUCAGCCAAUUAAAAAAAUCGUUAUACUGAAACCAAAUCCAAUAGGAGGGAUUGAACCUGCUGUGUCUGCUAGUUCAACUCAAGAUCCAGAAUUAAGUGCAUCUGAAAGUUCAAAAUUUUCAAUUAAGGAAGUUAGGAGAAGAUUCACAAUCGUGACUAGUGAAGCUAGAAAAGGAAGACCCUCGGUGUGUGAAGAUAGCCUCCAAAAAGAUCAACAUUGGUUCAAAAGUUCACCUUUCACGAUAAAAAACGAUACCAGACAGCUCACUGAACAGACCUCAGAAGAGAAAUUUUCAUCUACUGCAAUAAAAGAUUCUAGAUCUUCAACCAGCAGUAGGCAAAAGCAAAGGAAUGAUGGACCAAACGAAAUUAACAGUAACAUAAUUACAUCAUCAAAGGAUGGAUCUGUCUUUUAUGAUGAGGCCAAGAAACAUCUAGCAGAGAUUCUAAAGGACAAAAGUCAAAUGGCCAAGUACCCCACACUUCGGAUCUCAAGGUCCUUGGUAAGGAUGCUUUCCCUCCCUCAAUGCAGCACACCAUCACCUAGGAGUAGCCCUAGGGCAAAAGACUGCAUUUACCUUUCACCUGAAGAAGCAAACGUUGAUGCCAUAUACAAGGCAAAGAGAGAAGAGCUUGCAAAAGAAGAAAGCCAAACGGGAGAAAUUUCAGAAAGUGUUGCAUGUGAAGCACAGCAUGAGCAGGAUGGGCAUUGGGUCAAAGAAGAUAGUCAGGAAACAACACAAGACGAUGUUGAACCUAACACUCUGCGCACGGAAGAAAUUGACAAACUGGAUUGCUUAGAAAAAAAUGGAAGUGCGUGGCACAUCCCAGUAGAGCAAUGCAGACAUAAACCAUUGCAAGAUAUGGUGGAAGUAGCAGAACCAGUACAAGAGCAUGUUGGCAUGGUUUCAAGCUCCCCUGAGAAUGAUGCAACAGAAUGCCAAGAGCCCACAACUCCCCGAUCAAGUGCACCAAUCGAGUUGAUAUCACAAUUUUCUCCUGAUGGAAGCCACGAAAAGCAAGAGCAACCCAGUCCUGUAUCUGUUCUUGAUUUUUUCUUCCACGAAGAUGUCAACAGUCCUAACAAUGAAAACAUCAUAAAAUGUGAGUUGCACGAAGAUAUCUUGAGACUACAAUACACCACAGGGGAUGGUUCAGACCAUGGGGUUUUCUGGGCGGACAAGGAUGUCAGGUUAGGUUACAUAAAGGAAUUGCUAGAGCUGUCAGAAUUAUGCACAUACCAGAACUUAGAGGUAUGGUAUCUAGAAGAUGAAUUAAUCAGCCCUUGCUUGUUCGAGGAAUUACAUCAAGGCAAUCAAGUAGAUGAUAUUAAGCUUUUCUUUGACUGCAUUUGUGAAGCUGUGACAGAAGUCCAGGGUAUAUACUUUAGAAGUCUUGCAAGCUUAUCUUCUCUCAAAUACAACAUAAGGGGACCUCCAACGGGAGGAAACCUUAUCUCAGAAAUCAAUAAGCAUGUUGAGCGCCAUCUCCAUUAUCAAUUCCCAAGCACAUUAGACCAGCUAGUUAAUAUGGACCUUGAAGGUGGCAAUUGGAUGGAUCUUCGAUCAGAAUGGGAAGAGAUCACUGUAGUAAUAUGGGACUGCAUACUAGAUGAACUAUUGGAAGAAGUUGUUUAUGAUUUGUGGCUUUGAAGCUUCAGUCUCCUGGUCAACGUUGAAGUCUCCCUAACACUACUUGUAUAUUGGCCUUACAACAACUAGAGUCAUAACUCGUAAAUAGAAGAUAUCAUACUGACAAUAACCUGUUUUUUGUGGCAAAAUCCUGUAAUUUGAACAUGGAGGACCGCAGAAAAGAACAUGUGCUUGUGAAUUUGAGUAUUUCACUUUAGGAGCCCAAGUACAGCAUAAGUCAUUCUUAAAUAUGCCGGCGGCAGCUAUUAUGUGACAUUUUCCCGAGAAAUGGAUGUAAUUAACUUUCAACAGAUACAUGAUUGAUGGCUUCGACCCAUUAAGGCAUGUUUUUGGGGGGCCAAAAGCAUUAUAGCAUGUGGCUGCUGAGGAGUCUUAUGGGUUUUAUCGUGUCCCUUGUGUGUAUUCUUGUUUUUUUGGCAAAGUUAAGAAAACAAUGAGUGUGUGAGCAUGUGAGACAGAGAGGGUGUGUGUUUGGUUGUAACUAUCAUAAUUCAUUAAUGAAUGCAUUUCAGUUAAUUCAGAUGAUAA